AUGUGGGCGUUGAUGCCGGAAGCAGCUGGAUGGCCCUGGACACCAGGCCCCGGCAAUCCCGGCGCUGGCGCCAGAGACACUUGUAGGGAGACCGGCGAUGACGCAGGAAGUUCGAGGGGCUGCUUCACAACCGGCGAGUCGCUGAGGUCGCCAGGAGGAAGUAACUCGCUAUCAGCAUCCGGUGACGAUGACGAUAUGGUGACGCGACGCUUCAAGAAAGGCACUGUGUACAGUGCUCUGGCAAGUCAGAGUGGCCUGGACUUUUCUCCGGUCGUGCUUCAGGCGACAAGGCCCAGCUGGAGUGAGCGCUCUCAGAUCAGUGGCUCUGAAGACGACUCCAGGGUCCCACCUCCGCCGCCACCGCCGCUGAGGAGAGGAAGCCCUGCGCCGGUGCCCUCACAUGAGAAGUAUCCUUCGUGGCCAGUCACUCCAGCAGCGCCGGUGACGUCGACGGCUUGCCGGUCCAAGUCGUGGACGCAGGAGACCGACUAUCCUAAGGAGAAGUCCCAGGGAUAUGCAAGACCCAAGAAAAGCUUUAAGAUCUCCACGCAGCAGUUACAGCCGGUGCUGGAACGCGCCUGCGAACCAGGAGCGAAGAAGGCGCCGGCGUCCUCUUCGGUUUCAGAAGACGGAGCUAGCGUACCGAGUGCCAAUGACUGCAGCGCGGACGCCUACCUGAGCAAGUACGACGAGUUCCUGAGACAAUAUCAGCGCUGGAGUGAGGCUCCCUUCUUGCAGAGGCUGUACCAGGAAGGCGAGAGGGAUGGUUGGCCGCGAGCCACCGAGGCACCACAGUUGGGCAGCGAGUCAGCCUGCGACUCACUUGGCUCCAGCGGUGGCUCCAGCCAGGACACGCUUAAGUGGCAUGGCUCGUACAGCGACCUUAGCGCCUUCUCGGCGUCUAACGGCUCCUCGCUCUUCGACAGUGGUCACUCGACAUUGCCGGACAGUGGUCGCCUGUCGCCGCAGUCUUCGUGUGACGGUAGCCUCGCCGAUGGCACCCAGAGACUCGUCUCGCCCAGUCAAGCGGCCGUGGCGCGCAGUGCUCGCGUGUUGCAGCCAAAGCGGCACGAGUCCGAAAGCGUGCUUUACUACGCACCCUGCGAAGUGCAGCGCAACAAAUCUCAGCAGUCUUCUCGACCCAGCGAGUGCUCGCGCGUGGCUCAACUGAAGGCCGCCUUCGACCCUCCUUGCACAAUGACGGCUCACUCUUCAUCCAGCCGGAAAGAACCACCCAAAAUGCUCUUUCUGGACCCGGAAAAGAAGCAUCGGGUGUCCGAUCCCGAACUGAAAGCCAUACAAAAGCAGGCGGUAUUGUCUUUCUACAAACGCCAGACGUCUCAAGACUCCAAGAACAGCGGCCACAACACCAGCAGCAGCGGCAACAGGAACAGGACGCUUCCGCGGAUUCCUUCAUCGGCGAAAUGGUCCGUAGCUGCGUCUGAGCCUUCCACGAGUCAGCCGCCAUCUCUGACAACGACGGUCAGUUCGGUAACAUCCGCAAUGUCUCCGGAAGCGAAAGACAAGCCUGACGCACCCUGGAGAGGUCCGCGGAGCUGGUCGGUACCAGACAUCACGCAGCAACUGAGCGUGGCACCGAAGGCGCCUUGGGGCCCCGUCGCGUCGAGCAGACGUUCUUGCGAUGGGGCGCCGGUGAGCCGGACUUCGUCGGUGAACUGCAGGUCGUCCGCCGGCGUGCCACCUCUCAAGAAGCAACUCUCUGUGGCUGUGCCCAAGGACUCGAAUGAGGCAUCGAGAAGUAGUGAACAUUCGUUUACCACAAGCAACGCGCCAAAGUUCGCGUCUUCUUCUCAGUCAUUAGUCAGCGGAUUGGAUCAACAGGUUGUUCAGAGUCUUGCAGUCAUCUGGGCUGCCAAACUGAAUGCCGAGGCUGGUGCUGACGAUCGCCCCUGGCCGGCUGCUCGCGGCGGCGGCGGUACCUCGUCGUCGUCGUCGUCGAGCGACGGCGGUGGUGGUAGACCGUUGUUACGAGCGGUCGUUGGCUGGUGUGUGCGGCGUCCAGCGCGCCCUCGCCGCCUCGCCGGCGUUGAUGUGCGCGCCGCCGGAAUGCUCGCCGUCUCCUUGUACGCGGUGGCCGUCACCUUGGGCCUCUGCCUCUACUGGGUCCUGCACAGCACCGCCGCAAGACGAUUCCUCGCGGCACACGAGGACCACGCCCAAAUCGAAGCCGAAGUCAAGGACGAUGUCAGUGCGGAGAGCCGGCGAGACUCGCACUCCCUGAGGCCAUCCGUGAGUGGAGGACGUAAGGCCCAGCUUCGCGAAGUGCGGCUACCGGACCGGGGCACACCCGCCCUGCAGCUACUCACCUCUGAAGGUGUAACGCUAGCCGUUGCUCCGGCUGCCAGACCCCCAGGGGAGGAGGCGGACACCAGAGGAGGAGGCGCAACUGGGUCUGACAGCGUGGUCGACAUGGUGUCUCAGCUGAGCAAGCCCGUCGACCGGAGGGCGCAACAGGACAAGUUGCUCGACAGAGCGCCCGAGAAACUACUCGAAUCGAGAGUGGCUAACAACAAUAACAGCACCUUUAACAAUAACAACAACUAACAACGCCGGUAUCAGUCCCGUCACCUCUGUCGUGACCCAGCAUGGCCGGAGAUCCGAAGUCAUCACAGGCGACGGCGCUUUCGGGCCACAAAGGAAGUGACUCCGGUGCACCUGGCGCUGCACGCCAGGGGUGGACAUCAGGAAAGGGGUCAAGACAAAGGGAACAGCCCUCUGGAGAAGAAAACGCGCUCCAGGGACAGCCCGAGGUCGCGGGAGAAGAUGAUUAUUCCGGACGAGAGGUUCGCGAGCUUAGAAGAAAGUAUCAGGUCGUCGCAGCCUAACAGGAGAAACCAGGACAAGCUCUUCGAUAGAGUGCACGAGAAGUGUCUCGACGUUCGGAUCCAGGGACCCCUUCGAGGCGGUGAUUCGUCGGAAGGAACGACCGCGAAUGGCUCUCCGUUCGCGGCGCAACCUCCCCCGGCCGUGCCGCCGCGAAGGAGUCCUUCGUCCGAUCCGAAGCCACCGCCACGACCGCCGCCCAAGAGAAGCGUGGCCGCGCCGGCAGUUUCGGACGAGAACGGCGUCGACGACGAAGCCGAGCUACAGAGGAUCACGGAGCGCAUUGCUGGUCACGUCAAUCUGGCUAUAGCGGAAACGCCGUGUCCAGAGUCCCUGCAGCCCCCCGACCCUGUUCCCGGAAGGGACGGAGUGGGCUCCACUGAGGGCGGUGUGAGCUCGUCGACGGCGGCGGCUACUGGUCGGCCGGUGUCUUGGACGAGCCUGUGCUCGAGCCCGGAGUUACCGCUGCCUUCUCCUCCCCCACUGCCUCCGGCGGUGCGAGACCUGUGCUCACCGCCGGCGGAGGACGAUGACGAACCCCUGCCGCCGCCGCCGGACGACCUUGACCACGUCUCGCAGCAGCAGCCAGGUUCGGUCGCCGUCCAGGACUGCGACCCCGCGGAUCCCAGGGUGUACCCCAAAGACUCGUACAUGUGGUACCGGACCGAGAGGAAGCCAGGCCGCCAGGGAUUCCAGGGCAACUACCGGCGCAGCUACCAUGGAAGCGGAGGCGGCGGCGACUCUGGUCCCGACUCCUGUCCGGGCUCGGACCAGGGCUCCGAGUUCGCCUCGGAAGAAGCCAGUUCCGAGUCGUCCUCUUCGUCCUGUCCCUCGUCGCCGCUCACUUUCCCGCCGCACUCGUGGCCCUCUGCGGGCACCGCGGUUCCUCAAUCCGCGACGACGGCCCCUAGUCAGGACUCUACGUCGGCGAAGACUCCUCAGUACGAGCCCGCGGACUCCCUGAAUAACAACAACAGCUCGACGAGCACUACCACCACCGUCACCACCACCAGUACAGGUACCGCCACUGCUGGCGGCAAUAUCAACAGCGUUAGUAGCAACAACAACAACGCGCUGCCUCCGACGCCCACGGGUGGCGAGCAAGUGGCGUGCAACGGGUGCCACGAACAUUGGACGUCGUCGUCGACCACGACGAGCGCGGUCACGGCCGGCUCGCCGCCGACGUGCCGCCGCACCAACUCGGCGACCCAGACGGGACCCGACGACGAGUGGUGCGUCCAGCUGCGGCGGCCCGCCCCGAAGAGCCAGGAGGAGUUGGAGUGCGAGCGCUUGUCGCAGGACUUCGCCUCCCGGUACGGGGACGCCGCGCUGCGCUCUUUACUCGUGCCCAGUCCGAACCAGAAGACGACGUCCGACUACCUGGAGGGCCUGUUCGACGGUGACUUCAGCCAGAAUAGCCAGCUUGAUUCCUCGCUAUCCAGGCGGUGCAGCUCCGUGGCCACUUCUCCGCAACCCUCGCCGUCAACUGCUUCGUCAUCACCAUAUCUUAUCUCCAAUACAGGGAACAACACGCUCAGUGACGAGAAUCUUCCCGCGAAUAGUGCCUACUACACGACAUCUGAACCAAAGGCCAAGUUUCUGACCAGGUUUGGAUCUGACAUUGGCAAACAAGAGUGGACAUCCGACAGUGAGCUGUCUGCCAAAAAGGAGGAGCUGAUGGCGAGCAUAUCACGCAAGCUGGACGUUCUCCGCUCAGCCCGGCUCAGCCUCCGCGAAGAGGCUUCGCAAAAUGAGCUGCUGGGUCGCGCUCUGGGCAGCCGCGUCGACCAGCUGGCGAGGCCCGCUGAGCGUGACAAGUACCGUCUCCACGUUGACGAGCUCGACAAGAUCGUCAGCCUCAUCCUGUCCCUGUCUGGUCGACUAGCACGUGUCCACAACGCACUGGCUGGACUCGCUGGCGCUGACGAGCCCACUGCACAGGAGAGGAGAGCCCUGGAGUCAAAGCGGGACAAACUGAGCAGCCAGCACGAGGAGGCACGCCGGCUUAAGGAAAGCAUCGACAGGCGCAGCCGACAGGUGGCCCAGUUCUUGCGCAAGUACCUGACACCUCAAGAGUAUGCCGACUAUGACCACUUUGUGCGUAUGAAGUCUAAGCUGCUCGUGGAUGCACGCGAAAUCGACGACAAGAUCCGGCUCGGUGAAGAGCAGCUGGCUGCGCUCAGGGCAGGAACAGUGGCCACCGCAUCCUGGAAGUCUUUGGCCUCAUCCUAGGGCUAACACCCGAUGAAAGUGGUACCCUUACGCUGGGUGUGGCACCGCGAAUCUUGUUAGACUGAAGAAGUUGUGAAGCACUAGUGUUGCAUCCUGAUAUGCAAGUGCAGCUUAAAAAAAAAAAAACUGUUGGGAAUCUAGCACACUAUCUUAUUUGUAUUUUACAUGUAUAGGUCUGGGGGACCACAACUGGUAGCAUAUUUUGUUAGAAUUUUACAAGUCGCUAGUCUUGAUGUAAAUCAUCAUCUGGUUGGGCACAUGAUUAUUACCUGUAGCAAGUUAAAAUAUAUGGAGCAUUAUAAGAGCAGAAUAACUAAUCUUUACAUUUACAGGUUUGACCUAUAGAGAGCAUUGUAAAAGUCUUGCUGCACAACCUGGCAAUAGCUCUGCUCCUGAUGUAGCUUGAGUGUACCAAAAUAUAAAUAUUAACAAUUAGUGAAAUGAAACUGGCAUCAUUUUCAGUUUCAUUUCUAGGAAACCUGUCACAGAUAGCUUCAGCCUUAUGAUACCUCUCAAUGCAAGCAGCAUGCCCCUUGAAUAUUUUUUUUUUCAUUUGGGAAGGUUAUCUCAUGAAGUUGAUGAGUGAUUAGUGGUAGUUAACAACAAGCUUUAUUUACAAUUUCCACAAAACAAGGGCACUUCGUGAAACUGUAAUUAGCCCUAAUAGUGUUUCUUGUCCUGUAAUUUUUAAAGAGGCAGGAAAUUAGGAGAAUAAUUUGUCCGUAAAUCAGUGCAAUUAUUGUGCUCUGAGCUUCUUCAGUCUCUGAUUCGCGGCCACCUCGUGUACAUAAGUCACCCCAGCGUCCAACUGGUGCAUCAUCGCCUGUCCAAAGUGAACACCACGAUCCCCACAUCCCCUACAACGGCAGCAAACGACCAGCCGUGUGAAAUUGCACCACGGUCUUUGGUGAAAAGACUCGUGCGUGCUUCCCAUCAGUUGCCGGGAGGAUGUGGUGACUGCGUGGCUCGGUUCGUGAGGUGCCUGAGUGCUGCAGUGACUCAUUUUUCUGACUGCCCUCCUAGUGCCAUAUCAAGUUUUUGAAGUCCCUGUGUUCCCAUCCUUCAUCACAGUCGUCUCCGUGUUCCUCAAAGUGGUUACCAGAGGUCCUGCAAUAAUUUUUGCUUCGGUUACUGGGUUCUCGUGCAUUUGACUUCACUGUUUCUAGUUUAUCUCGUUGUGAAUCUUUUCACUGAUUGUGAACAGCACCAUUCAUGUGUAUUGCCCCGCUUUUUUUCUCAUCCGCAUUUUCGUCAAAGAUUUCUGGCUUCUCACUUUUGCAUUUAUUUACUCACUGAACAUAUUACCAUAUGGCAUAAUUGACUGCUGCUUGUCAAGGUUGAUAUAUCAGAAUUCGAAAGGGGGAGGGAGUGCCAGAGUAAAAUACUUUUAUUUUUUCGUCUUGUGCUAUACAGACAACUUAACGACGUUGUUAUUGGUAACUCAAUGACACCUUGGGAAAUCAAGACAACGCCAAAAAUGGAUGCAGUUGUUUGAACGAUAUGGUUCCUUAAAACAAUGACAAUUGGAGAAACUUAAUAUAAGCGUUUGGUGCUGAACUUCCACCUGCAUUGUUUCUCAUGCAAGAAUGCCUUUGUCUCCGCAAACUAUUUUUGACCAAUUCACAAAGCCGCUUCUGCUUUAGAAAUGCAGAAUUUCAGCUCUCUCAACACAUUUUGCUUGUUGCCGUUACAAAGAGGCAAAAGUACACUUUUUCUUCCAUACUGACAGCAUUAUUUUGCUAUUGUGUAUAUUUAUGUAGCUGCCAUUGCAUCGAUAAACUACUUUUUUUUGUUCUGGCUGGGGUCACCGCCUUCCCCUCCUUACUCUUUUUUUAAACAUUUUUAAUUUAUUCUUUCUUGCUAAUUUACAAAUGCAUAGGUCACUAUAUACAAUUAAUUAGGAGGGGAGGCUCGAUUGUCACCAUAUGUGGUGACAGGUACUGCGUUUCUAGUGUGAUAAAGAGUGAGACACUCUAGAAGGAGUCGUGUAAAAGCACUCUGUUAAAUAUCGAUCGUAAUGGUCGAGUGAGGAGAAGUGUGAAUAGCGUUUGUUUCGAUUGAAGUUCUCCACUACAUCUAUGUGUUUGCUUGUGUGUGUGUGGGUAUAUAUCUCUUGUGUUUGAGUGCCGCUUCUGUUAUUGACCUCUGCCAUGUCCACUUCCCUUGCCUAUUACUGUUUUUUUUAGCUGGAUCCUUUUUCAGGAACAGAAAAUGACUGAUUGUAGGCAUGACAGGUCCAACCCUGCUAUAGAGAAUUACAGCGUGCGCGUUUACCCUACGGCUUGUCCACUUAACAGUAUUUUUGUAGAACCCCUUUUAAAAAAAAUACCCUUGAAUGGAGGAAUAAGUGUUACACCUUCCAGAGAAAGUGCGAUGCUUCUUCAGCAGUGUUGUUGGACUGUUCGAGGAUUCUGUGUUUUUUUGUACAAAGCGACUCAAGAGCCACUGGCAGCUGCUGUACACCGCCCGUAUACUUUAAAACAAAACAAAACAAAAUGAAUGUUGGAAAUGCUCUGCCUCCCGUCGCAGCACACGUGGGUGGCAAGCGCGUUACGGCAGUUGACCCGCACGUGCUUACUUGGUUUUGUUUUUCUUCUACUGCAACACCACAACAGUUGCAUGGAGGCGUGCACGUGCGUGGUACCGCAGUCAGCGGAUCGCGUUGUGUCUGUGUCGCUUCCUUCGAUUCUUAAACGUGUAUAUAUAUAUUGACAGAAAAGCCACAUGACAAAAUGGCAAGUCUGUGAUUUCAAUAAAAAGCCACAUUGCUGUGCAUUCGGC